ACAUUUUAGAUUGAAACACCAUCAAUUUUCUUUCUUUAGGGGAACAUUUUUUACGGAAGAUCGAAGCACUUCGUUUUGACCAACGAUUGACCCACAAAUUCACCUCAACAGCUUGCAGGUGGACACAGGGUACUCGCGUGCGAACUGCGAAUUAUGAAAUCACCUUGCACAUGAAAACAAAGCUUUGUACAAUCGCCGAUUCAAAAAGAAAAGCCAUCACAUUUCAAGAACUGUAGUGAUUAUUUGGUGUCAGUAGUAUUUCGCAGCUUGCAGGUAGUUACUUUUGCCGUGCAUUCUCCACUCGAGAUCUGGUUGGGUUUAAAGCGCUUAUAAAAGGAAGGAAAACAUUACAUUCCUAGAAUUUUUCGUUACCAAAAUACGGAAGACAGCUUUUCACGAUGACCUGAACUGGAGAGUUAUAGUUAUAAUUUUGGCCUAAGAGAUUUUUAAUUCGAAAUGACAGCCAAGUUGUGCAGUAACUGCAGUGAUGAAAUGUUGGAGAUGUGAUGACUGUGUCGGGGAAGAAAAUAGCAGGCCAAGGGGAGGAUGACAAAAAUCCAUGGGAAUUGAUUGAGGUGAUUGGAAAAGGAACUUACGGAGAAGUUUACAAAGGAAGAAACAAAAACAAUGGAUCGACCGUAGCUGUAAAAGUUACAGAAUUUAACCAGAACAAGAAUGAAGAAUUAAAGACAGAGCUUGCUGUUUUGGAAAAAUAUUCUAAACAUGAUAAUAUCAUCAAAUUUAUUGAUGCACAGUUCCUGCUAACUUUAUCCGGAACAGAACAGCUUUGGAUUAUCACUGAGUACUGUGAGUAUGGGUCAGUAUCUGACUUUGUCAAGAAUUUGAUACAAAAGGGAAGGUCUCUUGAUGAAAGUUUGAUCGCUCUUAUUCUAUCUGAAGUGUUGAAGGGCCUGCAGUAUCUUCAUGAUUGUAAUGUUGUUCAUCGGGAUAUCAAAGGCUCAAAUAUAUUGCUAAAAGCAGAUGCAGGUAUCAAGCUCAUUGAUUUUGGAGUAUCAACAGUGCUGCAAAGCUCCUCUGCUAGGUGUCGCUCCUCGGUUGGCACACCGUUCUGGAUGGCCCCUGAAGUAAUUGCCUGUGAGCAGCAGCUUGAUUAUUGCUAUGAUGGUCGUUGUGAUGUAUGGUCUUUAGGAAUUACUGCAAUAGAGCUGGCAGAUGGAGACCCACCUCUCGUUGAUCAGCAUCCAAUGCGUGCAUUGUUCAGCAUUCCAAGGAGCCCACCACCUACUGUGAAGAGACCAGAAAAGUGGACAGGGGUUUUCCUGGACUUCAUCUCUAGGUCUCUUGUUAAAGAUUUCGAGAAAAGGCCAUUCGUUAAGGAACUGAUUGAGCAUUCGUUUAUUGCUGAAAUUCAGAGAAAGACAGUACUGACACAGCGUAAAUUGUUGGCCCUUCUGAAACUCAAUAACCCAAUAGAUGAACUGUAUUCGCAGCAGACGUUAGAUAGUAGCUCGAGCUAUCCUGAAAUAUUGCCUGACGUUUCAACAAAAAGCAAAAUGGCUCAAGUAACAAAUUUGGCCGAGUUGGAGAAUUUAAACGAGGACACCAUUCUAGACCACCUUCGUGAACGUUAUGCAAAGAAUCAUAUUUACACUUACAUCGGAGAUAUUUUGAUUGCUGUUAAUCCAUUCAAGCAUCUGGAAAUUUAUAACGAAAAGGUUGCCAGGCAGUAUCAAGCACUGAAUGAUAAGCGGUUGCGACCCCAUGUUUAUCAAGUUGCAAGGUCAGCUCAUUUGGCAGUUCUUCACAAAAACAAGAAUCAGUGUUGUGUUAUAAGUGGAGAAAGUGGCGCGGGCAAAACUGUAACAUCCAACUUUGUUGAGCAACUAGCUACAUUAAGCAAACAUGGAAACCCUGCCUUGGUCAGCAAAAUCCUGCAAGUCAAUCCACUGAUGGAAGCAUUUGGAAAUGCAGCUACUAAUAUAAACGAAAACUCGAGCAGAUUUGGGAAAUUUCUUGAAUUGAGCUUUACGCAUACUGGAGAUCUGAUUGAAGCUCAACUUAGCGAAUUUCUUCUUGAAAAAUCAAGAGUUGUUCAUCAAGCAAGGGGUGAACGCAAUUUCCAUAUUCUAUACUAUCUCAUCGCGGGAUUAGACUACCAUCGAAAGCUUGGAAGUUUUGAUUUAAACUCGAAUGACCAGCACAGAUACUUAAAUACAGAUGACAAAACAUUGGAUCAAUUUGCCUGUACUCCUCAAAUGCAAGAACAUUUUUUGGCAAUUCAAAAAUGUUUCGAUAUCAUCGGAUUCUCGCAAGAGGAGGUCCAGAGUCUGUACUGCAUUUUAGCUGCUGUAAUACACCUUGGAGACAUCGAAAUCGUAGCCGAUGAUUCAAUGUCAAUGACACAUCAUGGCGAAAGAGGAUCUGUUCAGAACACAGAAAUACUCAACACAGUGGCUUCAUUACUCUGUGUCCGCCCUGAAGACCUUUCAGAUGCAAUCACGUCAGCAAGUGCAGUGACUCGAGGCGAAACUAUUCUACGAUACAACAAUGUUGAGCAGAGCAGCGACUGCCGAGAUGCCAUUGCAAAAGCCUUGUACAGUCGAUUAUUCAGCUGGAUUGUCAAAAGAAUUAACAUACUUUUAGGUGCAGAUGAUAUAACGAGCCCUAGGACGAUUCAUAAGAAAAUUGGUAUUCUGGACAUUUUUGGCUUCGAAAACUUUGAUCAGAACUCUUUCGAACAACUUUGCAUCAACAUAGCAAACGAACAGCUCCAGUUCUAUUUCAACCAGCACGUGUUUGAAUGGGAGUUUGAGGAAUAUGCCAGUGAAGGCAUACCACUUGAGACCAUCACAUUUCAAAAUAAUAGAGCCAUUUUGGAAAUGUUUUUACAGCGACCGAUGGGCAUUCUUGCUUUGUUAGAUGAAGAAAGUCGUUUCCCAAGAGCUACAGUGCUGUCUCUUGUUGAAAAAUUCUGCGACAACAUGAGUAAAGGCUACUUUCGCAAACCGAAGGACUCGACAUCAAAUUUUGUGAUUAAUCAUUACGCCGGACAGGUCACAUACGAUGCAGCUGGCUUCCUUGAGAAAAACAGAGAUACGCUGUCUUCUGAUGUAAUGCAGCUCUUGAGAACUAGCGAUGAUCGACUGGUUCGAACUAUAUUUCAAGGAUCGAUCGAUUCAGCCGAUGACAGCAAACGUCGUGGAAGCAUCUCCUCCAACGAUUCUUACGGCUUCAAGGCUGAUUUCAUGGAGAACAAACGAGCUGUGCGGGAUAUGUCUACAAGUAAACUUCAUUUGACAAUGUCUCUGCACUUUCGAAACUCACUGCGCUCUCUGAUGGCCAAAAUGAUUCAUGCUGACCCACACUUCAUUCGCUGUAUUCGACCUAAUUCUAAAAAUAUCCCUGACGUAUUUGAUGACCAGAAAGUGACAACUCAGCUGCGAUACACUGGCGUUUUGGAAACAUCGCAAAUUCGUCGCCAGGGAUAUUCUGAAAGAAUUCCAUUUGGAGACUUUGUUCAUCGGUACAAAUGCCUGGUCUAUCAUCUUGAUGAAGAUCCCCCACGUGACGCAAACACUUGUCGAAACAUACUUAAAAACUCUGGCAUGGAAACGGAUUGGAGAAUCGGAAAAACAAAGGUUUUCUUGAAAUAUUUUCAAAUAACGAAGCUUGCUGAACUUCUGGAACAGUACAGACGAAAUGCUGUCAGGGUGCAAAGAUAUGUUAAAGCUUGGUUGUACAAAGUUAGAUUCAAAAAAGAAAAACGAGAAUAUGUGAAGCAUGUGAUCUUUGUGCAAAAACACAUCAGAGGAUGGCUGGCCCGUAGGUAUUAUGCAUACAUGAAAGGAGAAAUCGAUUUGAACUUCAGGCGAAAGGAAGAAGAGCGUGAGGUUAAUGCAGUCAGGAUCCAGUCAGGCUUUGACAAUUUGUCUACCGAUAAAAACCAAGGACCGGAAGAGAGCAAUUACGAUAAUAACCCAGCUGUGCGGGGCUACCUAGCAAGAAAACGUUUCAAGAAACUGACAGAAGAGAGAGACCGAGAAUUGCGACAACCAAAUUUGAUGAGUUUCCAUCCAGUUCAUGUGGAGGAAGGAAAUGAUGAUGAUGAUGACAGUGUAGAAGACACAGAAGGGCAAACUGCCCUGCAGGAUACAAAAAUGUUCUUCUUUUUGGCUCAGAUCCAAAUGUCAACAGCUGAUUCCACUUCUUUGCUGCACAGAACGAAUUACCCGGUACUCUAUUCGUUACGGCGAGAUGCAACAGAAAAAGCAAAAAAAGAGGCAAUCAGUCAAAAAAUCGGCUCUCGCGAGCGUGUUUUGGCAGUUCUUGAUGGGACGGAUGAUACGAUUCAAAGCAAAUACCGAUGGGCAAGGGAGCAGUUUGAGACGAAGUCUGUCAGCCCAAGGCCCAUGAGAGCCAAACGUGAAGCCGCAAAACAGCCAGAGGCAAUGUCAGACCACAGGGAUGCCCAUAGUGAAGCGAGUAGGAUGGCUAAUGGCUUAGGUGAUAGGCCUUAUGUUGGAACUGGUCAAUUUGUAGAUAGGUUAUACGAAAGAUCAGAUCUGAGCACACUUGAUGACGUCACAUCAUCACGAGGUUCUGAUCGGCUCUUAAGUAACUAUAAACACCGUGAAAGAUCAAGGAAAAGUAUAAAAGAAACUCCUGAUGGUAAUGACCUGGAUGACAACGUUUGGAGGAAAGGCCAACGAAGUGGUUACCCUCUUCGAUCCUUAGUUGAGAAGAAUGCAAACAAAGAAACGAGGAAGCACGAGCCUUCGACCUUCACUGAUUUCGAAUGGUUUCCAACAAAGAGUUCCGAGAUCGAAAGUAAUUCCUAUCUUGCAAGGGAGACAGCUAUUCCUACUGACGAAAUGGUCCAUCGUAAUGUUUCUGGCUUAAGCCGGGCAAUACAAUCUGGACAGAAGUUGACGUCACAGCAAGGUGAAUCGACAAAUAAUGUCUUUAAUCCCUAUGAUCACAGACCCUACAGUUACUUACAAAACGCACAGCCCCAUCGAGGUAAGAAGGAAAUUGAAAAGCCUGCUGAUACCGGUCAACGUGCUUAUCCUAAUGGUAUUGAAGAGUACGGCGCUGGAAGGUCAGGUUUAACUGACCCAGUUAUAAGGACUAACUCCGAAAGUUUGAAAGAUAGUCAACGCUAUCCUGAUUAUGAAAAUGAUCGGAAACAUGCUUAUUUAAAGGAAAAGGGAUUGCGCGAUCCAUUAAACAGGGUACUGCCUCGAACUGAUGUUGCAGUACACGAAAGAGAUCGUAAGGAUGAGAAUGAUAUACAUCAAGGCAUGAAUGGUAAUGUAGAUAGCAGCAACAGUUUGGCCUCGCAAAUAGCAAAUCAUUUAGCAGCGCAAAAAGCUAAGGAGAAAGCAAAACAGAGCAAUGGGGUGCAACCGCAAAGGGCACAAAGCAAGGCCGUGCACCCAAAAGAGCAUAAGAAUGCCAAUGGCUUGAGUUUGACUUCGAUGGAGAAUAAAAGCAAAUUGAAGCAAGCCAAUGGUUUCAGUUAUGGUGUACCUAAAGGACAGAAAGGGCUGUUGCAAAACUUUAAUCUCCGCAAAACAGGAAGGCUGCAGAUGCUGGUGCAGCAUUAGUUGCAAGCUUCCCUGUUGUUGUUUUAUCUGCCAGGCUGCCAUGGACGAGUUCCGAUCUUGCAGCUUUCAGUCUGGUAUAUGUAAUCAGAAAUUAUUUCGUUCAUGAAGUAUUUGAAUGUUUUAGCAGACAAUGAAUAGCACCGUGUUAUUAUUUAUUGUAUUCAUUUCUGUAAAUAUUGUUUGAAAUGUUAAAAAUGAAGAACCAUGCAAUAUCAGUGGGAAUUUGAAUAAUAGAAGUUAUUUAUAAAUGGGUUUUUUUAAGUUUAUAGUGGAUAUAAAUCUUUCUUUUACAGGUCGGUUUUUACAGCAGUAGUUUUUGCUCCUUGUUGGUUUUUUUAAAAUCGCUUUUAUCUUAAGUCAAAAAACAUUGAUGAAAUAUUUUAUUUAAGAAACACACCUGCUCAGGAAAUGAUGUGGUAAAAAAAUUCUCUUAAUUCGCCAUAAUUUCGGCAGUAUUUCCUGAAAUGGCCAUUUUUGAAAGAUUUUUCCAUUAUUGUUUUCCCCCCUUAAGUUGAUCAAUUUUUAAAUACAACUUUUCCUACACGUUGAAAUAUUGAAGAAUAUGCUUGAAUUUAAGACAACCUUGCGAAUUUAGGCCUGUUGUUAUAAGAAAAUUACUCCGGGGUUUACCAUGGAAAAAAAUUUAGGAGGAUUUGCCUAUCAGAAGAAACUUUACUACACUGUCCUCGAACCAAGUUUUGAAAACAGUGACGGAAAUUCGUUUUUCAAAUGGGGGGCAAUGUCCACAAAAGCAAGUAAAUUUGCCGAAAAAUUACAUAAUUUUGCCGACAAAACCGACAAUUUGGCAAAACCUGGGGGCGGUCAUCCACCCCCCCCCACCCACACCCCCGUAAUUUCCGCUACUGUCUGAAAACACGAUUCUUGUCCUUGAAUAAGAUCCAGGACGCUGCUGGUUGGCCUGAACACAAUUUUCAAGAAAGUGCAUUUUUUGAAUUUACGAGCUCGUAUAUUGAAAGUUAACCUCUUCUGUAAUUUCAUGUUUGAAUAACUCUCUGAAGUGGACAAAACUUUUAUUUACAUGAAAAAUCUGACCUUCAAUGGGCAUAGCUGUGCUGGAAAAAAUAAAUCAUCCUGUCCCAGAAUUUUCAGCCGAAAAUUAGGCCCUGUCGGCAGGCACAUCCCCAGGUAAUCAGUGUAUAAAAUACAGCCUCGAGUAAAUGCAAUAGCAUUGUAUAGUAUUUCGUUAUAUAUUAUCCCCUAGCCACAUUUAGCAACACAAGAUAUAAUUACACAUAUCCUUAAAACCAAACAAGGCAGUUAAGGACUACCAAUUGAUAUUUCAAUACUCUUAAGUUGUUUUAGUAUUAGAUAUUUUCAAAGAUAUUUACCUAACUUAUGGCUGACCUAUGUUAUGGAAUUGUUUUUUAUUUACGGUGUAAAUUAUUGGGAUUAUUUGUGCGUGUUAUUUGUAAAUUAUUUAUUUAUUUAUCAUGUUUUGUAUAGUUUAGUAUUCGAAAUGGUCAUGUACACAUUGCAUGAAUUUAGAGACAGAAUGCAGCAUGAAUCAAAAAGUGCGAUUU